AAGUCUACAAGCAGAAGAGCUCCAUCAGGGUGAACUGAAGUUAUCCUAAGGAAAAAUUUCAUUGCAUGGAUUGUGUAAACUAACUGAGACUGAAGUAAAGCUGGAAAGGAAUCUACAAGUGAAAAAAAAAAGAAGUUUGGAAUUGGAUUUGGGGAAUCUGGGCUUGGAAAUGCCUCAGCCCAGUGUGAGUGGAAUGGACCCUCCUUUUGGGGACGCCUUUCGGAGCCAUGUGUUUUCAGAGCAGACUCUGAUGAGCACAGAUCUCUUGGCAAGCAGUUCAGAUCCAGACUUCAUGUAUGAACUGGACAGAGAAAUGGACUAUCAGCAAAGCUCCAGAGACACCUUACUUUCAAUGGAGGACUGCAAAGACCUUGAGAACUUGGAGUCUUUUACGGACAUCCUGGACAAAGAAGCUGCUCUCACCUCAAAGUGGGAGCAGUGGGACACCUACUGUGAAGACUUAACUAAGUACACUAAAUUAACCAGUUGUGACAUCUGGGGAACAAAAGAGGUGGAUUACCUGGGCCUUGAUGACUUUUCAAGCCCAUACCAAGAUGAAGAGGUGAUAAGCAAAACACCAACACUGGCUCAGCUUAACAGUGAGGACUCCCAACCUGUAUCUGAUUCACUCUAUUACCCUGAUUUGCUCUUUAGUGCAAAACAAAACCCUUUAAAUUCUUUGUUACCUGGCAAAAAAAUUGCAACCAGAGCAGCAGCCCCAGUCUGUUCCUCUAAGAACGUUCAGGCUGAGGCACCUUUGUUGGACUGUGUUCAGAAGGCGAGCAAACCGGCAACUCAGCCUGCUUCCAGUACACAAAUCAUGGUGAAGACCAAUGUGUACAAUAAUGAAAAGGUGAACAUUCAUGUUGAAUGUAAAGACUAUGUUAAAAAGGCAAAAGUAAAGAUCAAUCCUUUACCACAGAGCAGACCAGUGCUGAGCCAGACACAUGCUGAUGCAGCAAAGGAAAACACCUGCUAUUGUGGUGCUGUAGCAAAGAGACAAGAAAGAAAAGGAAUGGAAUCCCUGCAUAGUCACAGUACGCCUCCUAUUUUGCCUUUUAAAGAGACUCAAGAACUGCUCCUCAGUCCACCCCAGGAAACCCCAGGGCUUAUUGUGGGGGAGAGCAGUCUUUCUGCCAGCACAUCAGUGUCAGAUUCUUCGCAGAAGAAAGAAGAGCACAACUAUUCUCUUUUUGUAACAGACAGUUUGGCUGAACAGUCAGCCAAAGGAGAUCCUGAGGAAGAUGAGGAUGAUGAGGAUGAUAUUGAAGAUGAGGACCAUGAUGAAGGAUUCGGCAGUGAGCAUGAGCUCUCUGAAAAUGAUGAUGAGGAAGAAGAUUAUGAAGAUGAUAAAGAUGAUGACAUCAGCGAUACUUUCUCAGAACCAGCAGUAACACUUAGUGGGUCUUCAAAGGAUACUGAAUUCCUCUCUUCUGCAUGUAGAAACGGAACCUUAACAACAGAAAUAAGAACUAACCUUCACCUAGAAGGGUAUGAAAAUGAUUCUGUGGAGGAUUUAAAAGAAAUGACUGCAAUAUCCUCUCGGAAAAGAGGCAAGCGAAGAUAUUUCUGGGAGUACAGUGAGCAGCUAACACCAUCACAACAAGAAAGAAUGCUGAGGCCAUCCGAGUGGAAUCGAGAUACAUUACCAAGUAACAUGUAUCAGAAGAAUGGUCUUCAUCAUGGAAAAUAUGCAGCAAAGAAGUCACGGAGGACUGAUGUAGAAGACCUGACUCCCAACCCCAGAAAACUCCUACAGAUUGGUAAUGAACUGAGGAAGCUGAAUAAGGUGAUCAGUGACCUGACGCCAGUCAGUGAACUUCCCUUAACUGCCAGACCGAGGUCAAGAAAAGAAAAGAACAAGCUAGCUUCCAGGGCUUGUAGACUAAAAAAGAAAGCCCAGUAUGAAGCCAAUAAAGUAAAACUCUGGGGUCUCAACACGGAAUAUGAUAAUUUACUGUUUGUGAUCAACUCCAUUAAACAAGAAAUAGUUAAUCGGGUGCAGGUGCCUAAAGAUGAUAGAGGAGUCAACAUGGAACAGAAGUUGAACGUACUUAUUAAAGACACUCUCGGAUUACCUGUAGCUGGACAGACAUCAGAAUUUGUGAAUCAAGUUUUAGAGAAGACUGCAGAAGGAGACCCCACCGGUGGCCUUGUAGGGCUACGAAUACCAAUGUCAAAAGUUUAAGACAUGACUUCAGCUGUCCGCAUCGGUCAGAUUCUACCUGUGUUCGAGUACUUCAUUGUAUAUUGCAUUCUGGUCUGCAUGUCAGUUUAGCAUUAUGUAAACACUUACAAUUAGGUUCUAUUGGUUUCAAAUAACAAUGUAGUAAAACAAAUCAAAGCAUGAUAUAAAAUGCUUAAUAGCAUUUUUGGAGCAUAAACCAGACAGUUUCAAAGCUGCUUUAAGCUUAAAUACAGAGAUGAGGAUUCUUUUUAAAAUUAAGUUAUAUAGGACCAGAGUAUAUCACUUUUGUUUUAGAAGCAAAAACACGUUUCUGCUAGUAAAAAUUUUUAGCUUAUGCCAGACAUUGUGACAGGUUUAUGCUCCAAGUAAAAUAAGAGGAAGCGUUUUUUUGGUAAAGCUGUCAAUUUCAGGAGUUCUUUUGGUUUGGUUUUUUUAAUAAUUGGGUUUUCUUUUUUUCUUAAAAAACCAGUAAGCUUUCUUUGCAACCAUUAACUUGUACAUAGCACACAUGGCAUUAGAGCUAGUGUGCCAUAGAAGACUUUAAUUUUCUGAGCUUAAUAUAGUAUUUAAAUGUCUGUGCAAGCAAGAGAAAAAAAAGUAUAUUCUUUGUGCCUUGUAUUUUGGGGGAGAGCUAUCAGUAUAAGCUGGUAAAGUUUUGUAUGAAGAAAACCCUGAGGGGAAAAAACAAGAUGUAUAGAUGGUAAGAUUAUAGGUUUUAAUGUAUUUGUUCCAGCUCUUAAAAUUUUUGAAUGUAUAUAGGAAUAUGUUGAAAAUGUAGAUAUAUGCCACAGAGUCUAUGUAUUGUAUAAAAGAUGGCUCUAGAAAACUCAAUUUCGGUACUUUGGCCGGAAGAAAACAAAUACUUGCACAUUAAUGCGAUUGUUUAUUUUUGUACCAAAGACAAAUGCAACUGAUAUGGCGAACUGCCAGUCUAAGUAAAGUUUUGCACAGCUUAUAUGAUACUGUACUGAAUGUAAAAACAAAUGAAAAAAGAAAAAAAAAUUAAAGGUCAGGGUUAGGGAUCUUACUGAACUGUGAAUUUUUUUGUUUGGGUCCAAUUAUCUACAGAAGGAGCAUUCAUACAUAACAAUAUUAUUUUGCUGUUCUUGUAGUUCGCUUCCAUGGUAGAUAAGUUGGUGGCCGUCUCGGAGUCUUUAAGUCUUUUUUCUCUGCACUUACUGUAGGAGAUUUUAAUAUAUUUGGAUUUUAGUAAGCUAUUGGUAAAAUAGUUUUCAACUUUGAGAAUUUAAAAAAAAUAUUUAGUUUGUUGUAGUAUACUUCCACCAAACAACCAAAAUAAAAUUAUUUUUAUUGUAAUUUGUAUAUAUGUAAAGAGAAAAAAGAGCUACAAAUAUCUAAUUCCUUAGUUGCCACUUUUCCAGUUGAUGUAUUAUUAUGCAUGUGAUGUUUCCAAGGAUCAACACAGGCUUCAAACAAAACAAAAAAAAAAAUUUAUAGACUUUUAUAUUUUUGUACAGGUAUUUCGAAACUAGCUUCUUCAAACUUAUAUGUGACUUAUUCUUGUUAAUUCAGUAGUUUCUAUGAUUGAGGAAUAUUAACACACAGUUCUUAUUUGCUCUUCUGCUAAUAAGAGUUGGCUUUGUAGUCAGUGUUAACGUACAGAUUAAAAGCUUUAGCCUUUGAUGAGAAAGUCCUUUAUCUCAAGGCAAGAUCAUUCUCUGGUUUCAUGGACCCCCCUUUUCCUCCCUGUUCUUUCUCUCCCUAUUUAAAGAUGACAAAACACUGUUUACUGAAAAUAGAAAUACCAAAUAUUUUCAAAUGUAGCUGCUGAAAAAAAAUGCAAAAGUCCAUGAAGGCUUUCUCCCCACUCCCUUUGGGGAAUUUCUCCACUUCUGGUUUGUCUAACUUUGUUUGUACUGUGAUUCCUUUUUGUUUAUACGUAGAUUAUUUUUAUAUCCAAGCUUGUACUAUUAAAAAAGUCUGAACCAAGAGUGGCUGAUGAAGGUGGCAGUCCUGCCACGUACUUGCGAGUGUGCACACAGCUUACUUUGUAUCUAAAUAUUUUGGAAGACUCAAAAGGGAGGAGGAGGCCAAAAUACCACUACUGAGCUGUACAGAAAGUCUUUCCUUCAAGAGACUGAACAAAUAGCCAGAGCAAUUUAGGCAAAACUUUGUAAAUCCACUUAAGACUUGCAUAAUCUGAGUGGAAUGUGGGUGUCUUUGUUUCAGGUGGUGUUGUUAGGGUGAGGUGAGAGUUGGCUGCUGCUUUACACAGUGGGUCAGAUGUGUUCCUAUUGUAAUUAUUGCCGACGUUGCAGUCGUUCCAGAGAUGCAUACAGCUCAUAAAACCCCGACAGAGAAUGUCUCUUGUGAAGUUAAGGCCAUGUCUGUACCGAGAUUUGAAUACUGUUGUUCCUUUCUGGUGAGCGGUGGUAGCGCGCUGCUCGGACAGAAGAGGUCCUUACGCUGUAUCCAAGCUGUGGAGACAAGGCAGCAUUUCUAAACAUUAAGAGAGCAGUUUUGCAAUCAGGUAAAAACUUCUGUGACAAAUUAAACUGACAAGGUAUUGAAAAGCCCCUUUUCUACUGCUCAGAAAUACUGAGCAAAUAUAACUUUAUAGCUUUUUAUUUUUGUCUGAAAACCAGAAUAUGAUUUUGGUCUCGCAUUUCAAAGUAGACUUUGAAUCUUUAGUGAAUUCCAUACCCUUGCAUUUCAGUGUUUUCUAUGUAUUAUUUUAAGUUAAAGCUUUUAAAUAGUUGAGCUUUUUAAUGUUGACACUUUAUUUUGUACCUAUUUAUAUGUAUGUAUAUCUUAGAAAAGCACUUUGGUUAAAAAAAAAAAAAAGAAACUGCAUUUUAUAUGAUUCCUGCCACUUGCUGCUAACUCUGGGCUGGU